AUGUGGAGUGAGGCCGAUCACAUACACACGCAUAGUAACAGCAGUAGUUCCUACGUGGAUGCACUCUCACACUUCCAAUCACACCGCGGUCUCCGCACAUCUGGGUACAAGUUGAGAAACCACUCACAGAUUGUACUGGGCGAUGGCCAUCACAACAACAAUACUCUUAAUAACCAUAAUAACAGUAGUGGUGUUCUGCCUGUACGCCGGCGAGAGCGUGGACCGGGUAAAGAGUUUGGGCGGUUUGUUGAAAUGUUUGGUUUUCCAGAGAAGCGACCGCAGCCGUUUUCACAGAAGCGUAUAUUUGUGGCAUCUGCAACCCCAAGCAGCCUUCAUGUCUUUCAGCGUACUGGUGAAGUGAUGCUUGACAGCAAUGGAAGACCAUAUCAACAAGAGGAAUUGGAAGAGCAUGUGAAUGUAUCCAGCACACAAGAGACAGAACUGUAUGCAGACAAUGUCACAAUAGAGGAGACGGAAGAGCGCAUUAAAAUGCUGGAAAAACUCCUGAUGCGUGAAAAGAAACGCCUACAGGUAUUGAAGGAAAAACAAAUGUUGCAGAAUGUAAAAACAGUCUCUCCCGAUAUAUUAAAACAACAACUAAAACAACAACAGCAAGAAGAAGAAGACCAGCACUGGAAGAGUGAUAUGGAUGAUGGAUUAUACAAAACACACAAUCCGUUACCCUGCAGCCAUACAGCCAGUGAUGUUGAGAGUGGAUAUUCAGUACCAACAUCAUUACCAGCAUCACACAAUAUACAUAUCAGUAGUGAGAACAAUGCUCAUGGGAUUCGCAUCUUGCGAAAUCAACGAAGAGGCAAUGAUGAUGAUGAGGAUGGUAAUAGUUACAAGAUUACACCCAAAAUCACCGAGAAUCCUUCACUAUCUUCUCGUAGUAGAGAGUUCGUUUCACAGUCCAAUGGGGAUCAGCAAAGCUCCGCCAGUCCAACACCACCAAGAGAGAGAAUAGCAACAGCAACUAGAGCCACAACUGCCUAUGGGCGAAGUUCGUGGACACUGGCGAGGCAUUAUGCUGGGUGGCGGUGA